UUUAUAAAUUUUAUUGGCAAAUGGCGGCUAUGUCCCCGUCUGAGAGAAGAUUACAAAAGGAACUUAUGUCCUUGAUGAAAGAACCUCCACCAGGAGUAACGGUAGACGGUGAUCAGGCCAGCCAAAAUCUUACGCUGUGGACAAUUCACAUGGAAGGUGUUCCUGGGACAUUAUAUGAAGGGGAAAAAUUUGAAUUGCAGUUCAAAUUUACAAAUAAAUAUCCUUUUGAUUCCCCUGAGGUAACGUUUAUAGGGAAUAACAUCCCGGUUCACCCUCACGUAUAUUCCAACGGACACAUCUGCCUAUCUAUACUCACGGACGAUUGGUCACCAGCCCUUUCCGUUCAAUCCGUCUGUUUGUCCAUCGUCUCUAUGCUUAGUAGCUGUAAAGAAAAGAAACGACCGCCGGAUAAUUCGUUUUACGUGAAAACCUGCAAUAAAAAUCCUAAGAAAACAAAAUGGUGGUAUCAUGAUGACUCAGUGUAACACCGUUUGGUUGCUAUAUCGAGCAUGGACGAUAAAACGUGAACUUGUGAUAAGUGUUAUCGAUAAAGUUAACAUAUAAUGUUAUGUAUAUACGGACAGACGGUGCGAUUUUAUAGGCGGCUGUGCUAAAUUAUUUUAUCUGUUUUGCCGCCAUAUGAACUGUCAAUGUCAGUGAUGUGACGUUAUCUGUGGUUCGUUGCUUGAAAUUAUUUUGUGUAGUUAUUUUGCGACUGGAUAUGCUUUAUAGAAUUAUUCGCGUGGAUGGGUGAAACUAAAAGUCAUUUUUGUUCAAACACAAAUCCCUUUAGUAAAAUGUUGCCAUUUUGUAUAUUUGAUAAACUAUCUAUCGAAAAUUAUGGGGUAUGGCCCUUAAAGGCUAAACAAGACCUAAAAAGAUGUGAAACUUGAUAACAAUAAAUAUUUAAUAUUUCUAUGCAUUUCAGAAUAAACAAGAAAUACACAAAUCUAUAAAGUGUAGUAAUAGCAUUAUAUAUUAAGUCUAUAGAUAAAGUUUAUUUUUAACCUAAACACCGAAGGUAUAUACGUGAUUUAUUGAUACGGUAUUUUUUUAAAUAUUAAUUAAAAACUUCAUAAUGUAAAAAAAUUAUAACAUGCAGAGCCAACUUGUGCUUUUGGAGUCGCCCAUCCUUAUGAGAAAAUUAAAUGAAAUGUAUAAGUGAAGCAGUCAUAAUGUAUUAUAGGUUAAAGUUCAAUAAAUUAUUCAAUCACU